AUGCCAGGCGUUACACGAUACUAUGACUUCACCGUCUCGCGAGGGACGUAUGCCCCUGAUGGAGUGCAGCAAGCCAUGAUUGUUGUCAAUGGCCAAUAUCCAGGUCCUUUGAUUGAGGCAAACUGGGGUGACUGGAUCGAAGUCAAUGUUCACAACGAGAUUUGGGGUCCCGAAGAACCCACGUCGAUACACUGGCAUGGCCUGAACCAACCUGGAACUCCAUACUACGACGGAGUCGUCACUGUCUCCCAAUGCCCAAUCGUCCCCGGUGGAAAUUUGACCUACAAAUUCCGUGCUGACGAGUAUGGCACUUCCUGGUGGCACGCCCAUUACUCUGCACAGUACUCUGCAGGCGUCAAUGGGCCCAUCGUCGUUCACGGUCCCAACGACGCUGGCUACGAUGUUGACCUCUAUCCCAUCCUGGUAUCGGACUGGUUCCAUGACAGCUACGAGGACAUUGUCAACUUGGUCAUGUCGCCCAGCAGCUCCGGUCAACCCUUCCGACCGUUCUCCGACUCCAACCUCGUCGCAGGUGUCGGCCAAUAUCCUUGUGCCAAUGUCACCAACGGUGCCCCUUGCUCCGUCGUCCCCUACGCAUCAUGGGAAUUCGAAUCCGGCAAGACAUACCGGCUGCGGUUCGUCAAUACUGGCGCGUCGGCGUUCGAGACCAUUUCGAUCGACGGACACCAGCUGACUGUCAUCGCCAAUGACUUUGUCCCUGUUCAGCCUUACCAAACGCAGUUUGUCACCAUCGGUGUGGGUCAACGUGUCGAUGUUCUUGUUACUGCCAACCAGGCCCCAGGUACCUACUGGCUGCGGGCCUUCAACUCCCCCUGCGGAGACACGAACGGACCUAAUGGUCAAGGAAUCAUCUACUACAAGGGGUCUGAUCCCAGUGUCGUCCCCACAAGUACUGGUGCUCAACCGCCCAUCAAUUCAAACUGCCAGAACGACCCGCUGGCGAGCACGGUGCCCCAGUACGUCAUGCCCGUGGCCGAAGCAGACACCACCAUCACCAUCACCAUUGCUGGCGCCCCCGACGCCUCGGGAGUCUUCCACUGGACCAUGAACGGGGUGAGCUACGACGGAGAUCUCUCGAGCAGCCUGCUCUCGCAGGCGAUUGCGGGACAGACGGAGUUCGCACCACAGUACAAUGUGAUCAACACGGGCACCAACAGCACUGUGCGGAUCGUCAUCAUCAACACCACCCCGGCGCCGCACCCGAUGCACAUGCAUGGGCACGACUUCCAAGUCCUGGCCGAGGGCUUUGGCACCUGGGACGGCACGGUGACGAACCCGUCGAACCCGCAGCGGCGCGACGUGCACAUGCUCUGGGCGCAAGCGACGCCGGACAACCCGUCGUACAUUGUGAUCCAGUACACGCAGGACAACGCGGGCGUGUGGCCCCUGCACUGCCACAUCGCGUGGCACCUGUCGGCGGGCAUGGUGGUGAUGCUGCUGGAGCACCAGGAGCAGCUCACGUCGCUGCAGGUGCCCGAGACGGUCGCGCAGACCUGCCCGGCCUACCAGACCUGGUACGCGGCCAAUCCGGGCGUGGCGGUCGACGACGCCCUGCGCAAGCGCACGCUGGGCGAGAAGAUGGUCGACUACAUGAAGGGCGGUGUCGAGCACCUCCAGCACCUCGACAAGCACCGCAAGCGCGGCGUCCGUGGAUACCGCGGCUACGGCCACAACGCCACCGUCGAGGACUUCCCCAACCACGGCAAAUUCAAGGGCAACGCCACGCACCACGAUGGUGAUGGUUCCAGCGCCAGCCACUCGGCGAAGCACAGCGGAAGCGGUAGUGCCAGCGGCAGCGGCAGCAGCCACAGCGGCAAAGUCACGGCAACCCCAUCGUGGUCCACGCGGACGCAGACGACCGGGUCGGUAGGCAAGAAUCUCGCCCACGAGUCCAAGAGCAGCGGCAAGCCCGAGCGGAAGAGGGAUGAGGUGUAG